CACGUUACUAUUACGCCGCUACUCCGCAGACUAUCGGCUUGCACAAGAACGAUGGACUGCCUGGAGUUGAACAUCCGCCAGCGAAUUCUCUCUGACCUUGCUACCCUUCUACCAGAAACAGAAGAGGACCUCCUUACUGCCCGCGACCUCAUUCAGUCCAAGGCUCAGCUAGCAGAUGAGAAUCACAGUCUACCCAAUGAUGACUCUCCGGAAAGGGAUGAACCUCGUACAUUCAUGUCCGAGGCCAGGGCCCACUGCAAUAUUGCUUUUGGAGAACUCGUCGCGAACUUUCCGGAGGAACAUAUCGCCAGUCAAAUCGAUACCCUCAUUCCCGUACUAACGAAUCUCUUGCAUGACGUGCCACGCGUGGACUUUGACCAAUGUCUCUCAUGGGAUGAGUGGGCCCUCCCUGACCAGCUGGUAUUCUCCACUGUUUCUGCCCUGUUACGUAUCUGCGGCGCACACCCAGAAUACGCAGACAAAGCCGUCGCCUCUAUCAUUAAUUUCGUCACUGACAUCGUGGAGAACCUCAAGGAAUCCAGCUCCAUAGAUGUGCUUUCACACCUUACUCCUUCUAUCCAUGGAUUGUACCGUGCUAUAACCUCCACUCUUUACCCUUGGACAGCCUCUCAAUGGCGCCUUCUUUCUGCCUCCCUCCAGUCCCUAAUCGCAACUCCCGUCCUUGAACGAAUAAACCGUCUCCUACUUGACAUACACCAAGAAGCCGAGGCCGAUCCCGACCUCGACCCUACCUCCAUCGCCUUCUGCCAUACCUUCAUCUCUCGAUACAUUGCGCUUGGACGCCCACUAAGCGGGUACUUCAUCGUGUGCUGUGUCAUGGAAAUGCAAUGGACUGUGCUCGCGCAAGCUCUUGCAAGCACUCCUUUGGUGCACAAGGGCCAAGUGCGCGAAGCCGCCGCGGCGAACAAAGCCUGGGUGAACCUAAUGAAAUGCCCUGCGAAGGAUUUGGGAUUAGAGGACGAAGAGGAGACGAAGCAAGCAUUGAGGUAUAUCGUUAGAGAUGCCCUGCAGUGCUUUAGUGAUCUGCUGGAGCAGAUUGAGGGUAUGGAAACUCAACCUCCAGUUGAUACGUAUGCAUGGGAGACCAUGUCCGAGAGUCUGAAACUAGCAUCUGUCUGCUCGGUUGCGCUUCGAGAGAUCGAUAAUAAUUUACACACUCGCCUGGCACAGCUAUUGAGUGACAACGCACCCAUUCUGGACAAUCUUGUUCAGGAAUCGGCGCUCAAGGCUACUACAGUGCUUGUGCGAAGUUUCCCUGAAAUCGCUCCGUCUUUCGUCAUCCAUCUCCGUCACUUCGUUACGUCUCCCCUUUCGAUAUUCGAGUUCGCAUUCAACACCGAGAAGAGGGCACCUCCACCUCUGACGGCGGCUGCCAAAUGUCUUGCGCUUUGCAUCAAGCUGUCACCUGGUGACGAUUCUAUCAUGUCCAAUAUGUAUUCACUCCUCAACUACAUUGCUGCAACUUCCAAAGAGAUAUCCGAAUCUUCCUCUUCUCAACAACUCCUCUCUAAUCCCCUCUACGCCUCCUCGACCACCUCCCCCAAUGAUAAUAUGACCUUCCAUAGCGACGAGACAGGCCUACACGGUCGCUCAGACGAGGAGAAGCGGCUCAUCGGGAUCACGACUAUUUCCGUCGUCACGCGCCUUGCACUCGAGUUCCACACUGCGGGCCAGGAGGAGGUCACUAAGCUCACGAUAUCGAUGUUGCUGCAGCGCUUACGGACUUCGGAGCCGACUCUCGAGGCUGCUAUCGCAUAUAAUCUUGUGGACCUUGCGCUUGUAGCUCCCGAAGAGUCGUUUGUAGACGUUGUGCGCGCGUUUUCGCACAUCAAUCGCGCUACGAAUUCGGAAGAUCCGAGAUUCUCUAAUAACAUGGUGUUAGCUGCCCAAACGAGACUUGCUCAAGAGCUGGAUCAAAGGCCGGAUUUGUAUGAUGUGUACCUGGUCGAACUGCUCACUCUCUUCUCGGACAAAGGCGUUGCUAUCCAGAACGUGGCGAUGUCCGACCGACAUGUCAAAACGGAAGAGAUGAUCGGGCAGCUGGCCUCUCUACUGUUGCCCAUCGAAGCGCUCCUUACACAUGCGGAUUACUCUCCGCAUUUGACCGCUUCCCAAGAGCUUACUGCGCACUUCCGGACCAUGUGGUUCCUCUGCGUCCUCUUCAACUUCACUUCUGGCGAGGAGAGGGGUGCGAUGACGUGGCUAAUCCCUGCGCUCGCAAAGAUCGCAACGAAGACGCCAGCUCUCGUGCUCGAGAAUGCCCAUGAUGUAGCGAGCGACAUCGAGUAUAGCACUGUUAUCCGGCAUGAAUAUGCGCAUUCUGUCAUCUCAAAGCAUCGGUCGUCCCUUACACGCCACAUCCCACAUCGCACCAGCGAGAUACGUUCUUUAUCCCCGGGACAGGUUAUUUUCUUGCUGACGAUGCACGACAUCGAGAGCAUGCGAUCUGCUGCUGGCCUCCCAUCGUCUUUGGUGUCAUACUUUACAAAUGGCAGCCUGAAUCGACUGAGCAAUCUCAUUGCAUGCAUGGAAUCUAUAGCUGACAAGGUUAUCCGCGGAUGUAUUGGGGAGAUGAAUUCCCAAGCUUUGGAACAGGCACUUCCGAAACACCUGUCUGAGGAGCUGAGGAAGCUGCUUGUAGGCAGCACUCAUCGCAUAUCUCGUGCUCGGGACGUUGCAACGAAAUACUUGUACAGCUUGAUCACGUCGUUCCCGUCUCUUAUGUGCGAUCCGCCACUGGUGUAUGCAAUCCUUGAGUGCCUUACGCUUCUGCGUCACGCGUGCGAGAACGAGUUUACGGACGAGUACAAUCCGGUGUUCGAGUUCCACUCUGAGUGCACGGGCAUCACGCUACAGCUCACGGACGACUAUAAAGUGCGAAAUAACAUUCUUGGACAGCUGCAGCGUAAUGCCGAUACGUGGUUUGAACUCGCGCUUAGCCGGGCUCCUAUUGAGCUCCAGUCGACGCUUCAGAAAUAUCUUGCAGCGACGCAACCGCUGAUUGGUGCGGAUACUGCUGAGCUGGGAGCUUCUGUUGCGGAACGUUUCGCUAAGGCGUUUGGUCCUGUGCAUCGACAACUUUCCUCUCUGUGUAACCUGUCAAACUGGAAGUCUGAUCGUUCCCGUGCUCUUGCCAGUCAACUUGCGAGCAAAUGCUAUUUCUCAGGGGAAGUCGCUGGUUUACGACUUGCGACUCGUAAAAACCAAGAUUCGCUAGACAAAGUAGCCCCUCAAAUGCUAUACACUGGUGUGCAGCCUUUCAAGGACAAGAUGGCUGCUACCAUGAAUGAUAUUCGGAAUAAACGCAGCUCUUUGACUGUCCAGGAUCUGAAGCGUCUAUUGUUCCGCUGUGCAGCAAUUCUCAUAUCGUUGGAGAAGUGCGAUUACACCUUGGUGCAUUUCCUGGUCGCUCUGCCGUUUGAGGUUUUCACGCCUUCUGCGGUUGCUGCGGGAAUUGAGACGUGGACGUGGGUUAUUGCGGAGCGUCCUAACAUGGAAGUUGCGAUUAUGUGUGAGGUGCUUACGUCUUGGUUUGGGACUGUGAAGGAGCGGAAGGGCGUGUUCUCGGCUUCAUCAAAUUAUGAAGAUCCCUUCUACCAUCCCAUCGGUUACAGUCCAACCGACAAGGACGAAAUAGAUCGAGCGACGACUCAUGCUCGGCGGUUGCUCAUGCCGCAUACGCUUGUUCUGCAGAUGUUAUUCAGUCGAUUACAAUCGGCUAGGUAUUGUCGCUCGACUGUGAUGUUCCUCAUCCAGAGACUUGUUUUGCGAUCUGCGCGAGCGCACAAGCUUUUCAGCACGCAUCCGCUGGCUCGAGAGUUGCGCUACACGUUCCUUCUUUUCGGACUGGAGACGUUGAAGAGCUCUCAUUUAGAUGCUGUUUGUGAGUGUAUGCUGCGCGAAAGUUUGUAUUGCACGGCGUAUUCGUGGUUUGCUGUUCGUCCUCAGUGGUCUUUCGGAGCCAAUCGAGUGCAAGUCGAUGCUGAUAUCAAAGUCUUGUCCGAGUUUCUUGUGCAUCUCCAGGCUGACUCAGUCAGGAGUCUAUCGUCCCUUUCGAGUCUUGCUCCUCAUCAGUUUGCGUCGAAGACGUCCCUUUAUGCUGCGCGCCUCAAGAAUAUCAACCAGCCGCUCCGUCUUCUAGUAGAGAAUGAGAUAUUCAGGCUUACUGUCUGGGCCAAUCCCAGCAACGAAGCGAAACGGGGCAUUGACCACCAAAGCCUGAUAGAGCGCAAUAUGCUUGAAUCGACUUGGCCUGGUACAGUGCGAACCGUGUGGGAGGUAGAUCCAGCCAUAGCGAUCUAUCUGACCGAGCGUUUCAAAAGCCCGGCAGCCCAUGCUGAGGUGGAGAAUUUGGUGCGUUCCAACCCCAGCCAGGUAGUGGGCACUCCGGAAGCUCUUCGAUUUUUGAUCGGGGAUCAUUUCCGAGGUGGACAGAGACGAGAGCUGAAGUAUAUCGUUGUGUGGGAGCCUGUUCCGCCUGUGAUCGCUGUUACCUUCUUCGAACCGCGACAUGGGAAUGAUCCGCUUUUGCUGCAAUAUGCCCAUCGAGUGCUGAAGCAGCAUCCUGUUGAUUUAACAUUCUUUUUUGUUCCUCAAGUUGUUCAGGCUCUUCGGUUUGAUGACCUCGGAUAUAUCGCGCAGUUCAUCUUUGAAACUGCAAAGGUGUCUCAACUCUUUUGCCACCAAAUUAUAUGGAACAUGAAGGCCAAUUGCUACAAGGAUGACGCUGCUGAGAUUGAGGAUCCUAUGAAACACGCUCUAGAUAAGAUGACUGAUAUGGUGGUCGAUUCGUUAUCUGGUGAUGCUCGUGCCUUUUAUGAUCGAGAAUUCGGAUUUUUCAACGAAGUAACCUCGAUUUCUGGGAAACUGAAGCCUUUCAUUAAAAAGUCGAAACCUGAGAAAAAGGCAAAAAUUGAUGAAGAGAUGAUCAAGAUAGUUGUUGAUGUUGGAGUCUACCUGCCCAGUAACCCAGACGGUAUAGUUAUUGAUAUAGAUAAGAAGUCUGGUCGACCGCUUCAAAGUCAUGCUAAGGCACCGUUCAUGGCUACCUUCAAAGUGAGGAAGGAGCGCAUCAUUAUUGAUUCCGAUCCAGAGUCUCUUUUGGACGGUGCGCUCGAGAAACGCGAGGAAUAUGAUGUUUGGCAACAGGCUAUCUUCAAAGUUGGCGAUGAUUGCCGACAAGAUGUGCUGGCCUUGCAAGUCAUCGCGAUGUUCAAAAACAUCUUCACCAGUAUCGGGUUGACUCUUUAUCUCUUCCCUUACAGGGUUACCGCAACUGCUGCUGGAGUAAGCGCGUUUUCCUUUUCAUUGACACUGGACCACGCUUAUGUAGUGUUAAAGUGUGGUGUCAUCGACGUCGUUCCGAAUGCCACAUCUCGAGAUGAGAUGGGAAGAGCCACAGUAAAUGACCUGCUUGACUUUUUUAUUUCGAAAUACGGCGGAGAAGAGACUGUCGCGUUCCAGCGUGCUCGCCUCAAUUUCAUCCAGUCCAUGGCCGCUUAUUCCGUUGCUUGCUAUAUCUUGCAGAUCAAGGAUCGUCACAACGGCAAUAUUAUGAUUGAUGGCGAAGGGCAUAUUGUGCACAUCGAUUUUGGAUUCCUGUUUGAUAUAGGUCCUGGAGGAGUCAAAUUUGAACCUAGCUCCUUCAAGUUAACACACGAGAUGGUAGUUCUAAUGGGCGGCAGAUAUUCCCAAGGCUACGAGCUAUUUCAACAUCUCACAGUGAAGGCUUUUCUCGCUAUCCGACCUCAUGCAGAUCAACUCGUCAGCACAGUCCAGCUCAUGCUAGGCACCGGUCUCCCGUCGUUCAAGGGUGAAUCCACCAUCAAGCGCCUCAAGGAUCGUUUUGCGCUCGGGUUGAACGAGCGUCAAGCUGCAGAAUGGAUGAUGGGCAUCAUCCGCAAUGCUCAUGAAAAUGUGAGGAGCACAGCCUACGAUGAGUUCCAACGGAUACAAAAUGGUAAGUCGGAAGCAUACCUGAUACGAUCCCUCUGGGACCUGAAGCGUUUGCAGGUAUACCGUACAAGUAGCAAAUGCUACUCAGAUUUAGUCAUGGAAAUUUAUCACGGGCUAGUCUACUUCUUGCCUUUGAAUCGCGUUUCAAGGCUUGGGGUUCUGAAUGUUAGUUUCGACUAGAUCUAGAAGGUCUAUAUUUAGCACUCGUACUUAACUUCCAACAUUUCUUAUCGAUCGACCAUCCAUUCUUCCCUCUUACCCCAAGCAUACCCUCAUUUUUUUCAUGGAGUUCAUUAUUCGAAACGUAGAUUUUGGAGCGACUGAAUAUGACGUCACGAAAGCGAUCGCAGAGGUUUUACAUGCGUGUCCCGGACCAUUUGUAUCGGAUGCCGAUGCCCAGCAGCGGCUCAUCAAUUUUAGAGUCACGCUGGACAAGAACGAGUGUGGAGGCGUUCGUAACAGCGGUUCUGGGACACUCAGACUACCCUCUAAGAGCGUGGGGCUGAAAUUCUGUCGGCUUGUUGACGU